AGUGAAAUAUGCAUUUUUUUAUUCAGCUUCGACAGUCGCGAGGAAUGGAAGGAGUGCCCCUCUAUAAGGUACAUUCGUGACCAGUCACAUUGCGGCUCUUGUUGGGCUGUCUCAGCUGCGGCAACGAUGUCCGAUCGUCUCUGUGUUCAGACACUCCGCAGAAAGAAGACGAUCCUUUCGGACACUGACAUUCUUGCGUGUUGUGGAGAUUUCUGUGGAUUUGGAUGCGAUGCAUGGUUGUACGCCCAGAAAAGUGGUGUGUGUAGCGGAGGACGGUAUAAGGAGCAGGGAGUCUGUAAGCCGUACACUUUCCAUCCAUGUGGACGUCACAAAAAUCAGACAUAUUAUGGUGACUGCCCGAAACACACCUACAGGACACCGAUGUGCAAGCAAUUCUGCCAGUACGGAUACGGAAAGCGCUAUGACAGCGAUAAAGUCUACGCAACUGCGGCUUACCGUAUCAAAAAUGAUGAAGCUGCUAUUCAAGCACAAAUCAUUGUCAAAGGGCCAGUUCAAGCGUCGUUUGCCACCUAUGAGGACUUUGCGUAUUACAAGUCGGGGAUUUACGUGCACACAGCCGGCAAACGAAGGGGCGGACACGCGGUGAAAAUUAUCGGAUGGGGAGUUGAAAAUGGCACGAAAGUAUUUGGACGGUCGGUUGCCAAUUCGUGGAAUACCGACUGGGGAGAAGACGGAGGUUAUUUUCGCAUCGUACGUGGAGUGGACAACUGUGGCUUCGAGUCGGGAAUCGUCGCUGGGGACUUCCAUGGGUGA